AUGGUUACCUUUUCUAUUCCAGGCGAUAACGAGCUCGCCGAGGCUGGCAGCAGCACGCCUCGGCCACGACCUGCUCUACCAUUUGCGAAGCGCGCCUACGUCUCGACACCAUUAAAAAGCAGCCGUCUUGGUGUUCCUCAGAGCGCACCGUCGCGGAGGCUGUUAAUGACUCGCGAUGAAACUCCAUCGAGCAGUCUCAAUAGAUCAACAAUUUCUACCUCCCGUAACAUCUUCCGGGCCUCCACCACAACCGACAGUCCUUCCGUCACUCCUUUCGCUCCGAGUAUCCCUCAAAAUACCCCAAAGAAGGUCUUCGCUCCCGGCGCUACCCCCGAGCCAAACCGUGUCUUUCGAGCAUCGACUGCACAGGCUACGCCUCGUGGCAUGGCAGCGAAGACCACUUCCACGGAGCUGUUCCACAUGCGUAUCGCAGACCCCGAUCCUGAGCUGUCUGGAGAGGUCCUAACCAAAAAGAUUCCCCAAGACUGGAACACAAAGGGUUCUAUUUACGCUGAUCAGUUCCUUUCACACCUGUGUCCUCCCGAGUUCGACGACGAGCAGCGACGGCAAUUUUUCUGCAUCCUCGAUCUUCGACGACUCAAAUAUGCGGCUAACGAAAUCUUCUCCAAAAAGGAUUGGAAGCUCAACGUUGUCAACUUCGCAAAGGAGUUUGAAAAGAGCAGGAGCAUCAUUCUGUUGCGAUACGGUCUUUACGAGUUUCAGAAUGUGAGGCCUUCUAAGGAGGUUCUCAAGAGAUGGCGUCGGGAACAUGGUCUUCCCGAGCCUGAGGAGGAGGACGCCGAGCCUUCUCCGGCCAAAGCCUCAGCCAACAAGAAGCGCAAGGCAGAUGAUGAUGUCGACAUGGAUGCUGCAGUCAGCGGCCCGUCUGCCAACAACAAGCGACGUGCUCCUGAGCGUGAAGAGGUGCAGGCACCGCCGGCGCCAACUCCCAUCACUACCCCUGCUUCUACCCUAGGCAAGAACAAACGAAGGACUUCGGUUAGUGAAGAAGCUGAAAGCCAACCAUCCAAGAUGCAGAAGGGCACAGCGUCUGCUGCCAAAUCUCUCUUCGAGAAGAUCGCCAACAAGUCAACAACCACUCCUGUUGGCUCUCCCUUUAAGCCUUCUUCCAAGCCUGCCGAUGACAGCGCUGCUGCCAAGCCAAACCCUUUCGCUUUCAACAAGACCAAUGGCGGUGGUAGCGCACUUGCCCGCAGCAUUUUCCAGCAGAGCGCUAAGCCUGCCGCUGCCGGUACUGGUGCUGGCGCUUCUUCAGGUGGAAACAUCUUUGGCUACCUCUCUGAUGCAAGCUCAGCCAAGAACAGCGGUGUCGAUGCUGACGCUGAGAGCGAGGCAGACUCGGAGGCAGAGGAUGACAGUCAGGCCACCGGCCACAGCGAUGAGCCAAGUGCGGCAGCUAGCGGCGCCGAGACGGCUUCUCAAGCUGGCAACGGAUUGUUUGGACAGAAGACCGCCCCUACAAGUGGACUGGCUGCUGGGUCAAGUGCUCCUGGAACUAGAGAAAGCACACCUGGCCGAAGCUUGUUUGACAGGGUCACUAAGAACAACGACGGACAGCCUGUUCGCGUUGCAGAGAAGGACGAGACAGCGACUGAGGUGCCGGUAGUAAAACCCACCGAUCAGACCUGGAACCCCACCACUACUCCCAUCAAGUUUGCCCCGUCUACCUCUGCUGCUACAGGCCAGGCUGGUUCCAUGUUUGGAAAAGCCCCUUCGACAUCAACAAGUUCUUUGUUCGGCUCUAAGCCUACCACUUCUUCCAACCUGUUUGGUACCGCUAGGUCUAUUGAGAAGGAACCAACACCCACCUCGGAACAUGACAAAACAGGAGGCGAAUCUGACAAAGAGAACGACGAAGCUCCCAAGAAGUCGAUGUUUGAAUCUAAGGCCCCAGCGACUCAGCCUAACUUUGGAUCGCUUUUUGCGCCCAAACCAGCCGCCGAAGCACCUAAGAUCUCUGAACCCGCAAAGCCUACCACAGGAUUGUUUGGGGCCAAGUCCGAUGACAAGCCUAGCACACCCGCGCCAACUGGCAAUCUAUUUGGCGCUGUAACCAAGCCCGCGGAAUCCAGCGGACCUGUAAUGCAAUCAUCUACCCUGUUUGGAGCCAAGCCCGCUGCUACUGAGGCACCCAAGACCUCGCUCUUCGGCGCUGCUAGCAACACAUCUGCCACUACUUCUCUGUUCGGGGCCAAACCCGCAAGCACCACCAGCAACUUGUUCGGCAAUGCUUCGGGACCUACGGCUAAACCUAUGUUUGGCGCUCCCAGCUCUGGUGAUGCGACUGCACCUAAAGCCGAUGCGGCAGACAAGCCUGCUGCAGCUCCUAUCUUCAGCUUCGGGGCGGCUUCUAGCAGUGCUGAUAAGGUCAAUGGUGCUUCAAAGCCUCUCUUUGGUGCGCCUAAGUCACCUACUUCGUCUGGUAUAACCGGGCUUGAUGGUAGCCCCAUGAAGCAGGAUGCACCAUCGCCGGCUAAGAGGGCAUUCGGAAGUGGAAGUGCUGGAGCUUCGGCCGCACCCAUCUUCAGCUUUGGUGGUGCCUCAACCACUUCUGCUGCUCCUUCAUUUGGCGCCGGUUCUGCUGCUCCUGUCUCUUCUACGCCUCUCUUCGGCGCCGCUACAUCCACUCCUGCUGCUAACAACGCAGGCUCAUCUUUUGGAGGAAACUCGUCCGCCAAUGAAUCAUUUGGGUUCCAGUUUGGUGGAAACUCGGCCUCUUCCUCAUUCACCAACCCUUUCACUUCUGGUACCCACGGACCAGACGCAGGAAACGCUGGUUCUACCCCUGCAGCCGCAUCUGGAAACAUGUUCAGCUUUGGCGCAUCCACAGCUCCCUCCGGAGGUCCUGGCCCCUUCCAGUUUGGAGGUUCCAGUAACAGCACACCAACACCAUCCUUUGGAGCAAACAGCAACGGUGCCCCUAGCUUUGGAGGCGCAUCAGCUUCCACUGGAGCGCCUGGAUUCAGUUUCACAGGAGCCUCGCCAGCUCAAAAUUCGACACCAACAUUCGGAUCCAACCAGCCCGCCCCGGCCUUUGGCAACGGCAACCUCCAACCGCCUGCUGGUGGUUCUACCACUGGGACCAACACACCGUUCAGUCUUGGGGGAGGCUCUAGCCUGGCCACAACACCAGCUGGCGGGACCCCGGAGCCAUCUGCCCAAACCGAAGGAGCCGCCGGAGGCGACGAAGAUGGCGAGAAGCACGAGCAGGUCAACUUAGUCGAGAACCUGGAACAGGACGAGGAUGUUAUGCACGAUGUACGAGCAAAGGUGUUGAAGUUUGUGCCGGCCGGAGAGAAGUCGGAUGAUAAGAAGCCCAAGUCGCAGAGUCCAUGGUCAACACAGGGUGUGGGAGCUCUUCGAUUGCUCAAGCACAAGGAGACGAAUGUUGUGCGCCUGCUAUUGCGAGCAGAACCCCGUGGACACAUUGCCAUGAACCGAGCCGUUUUGGCCGAUAUGUCAUACAAGGCAGACAAGAAGUAUGUUAAGAUGACUACAUCAAACGAAAAGGGCGACGGACUUGAGACUUGGAUGAUCCAGGUCAAGACUGCGGAUAUGGCCAAGGAGCUUGCAGAUGCGCUGGAGAACAACAAGGUUCACAACAAGAAUGCAAAUGCUCACAUCCAGUUCGCAGGGAAAUCAUCACGAUACAGGCCGGGCAGUGCGGCAACAGCAGUUAGUUCUAUUCCCCCCGCUAUCGCAUCAUCACCGAGCUUCACACCGCAUCUACCCUUACCGGCCGACUAUGCCUCCUCUCUUGCCCACUUCUCGAUCAUAUAUGCGCCAUUUGGAAGCCAGUUCUGGCAACAGCUCUGCCAGGAACAUGGUAUCAGCCAAGAUGGAAACCUUGAGGAUUUUGCGACCGAGGGUGGUGACCGCAAAGAUGUCUUUUACUACCAGAGCGACGAUACGCGAUAUAUCCCCCGAGCUAUUCUAAUCGAUCUGGAACCGAGGGUUAUCAACGGCAUCCAGACAGGGCCCUACAAGAACAUUUACAACCCCGAGAACUUCUAUGUGGGUAAAGAUGGUGUAGGUGCGGCCAACAACUGGGGUGAUGGUUACCAGAGUGGUGAGGCAGUGUAUGAGGAUAUCAUGGAAAUGAUUGAUCGCGAGGCCGAUGGCAGUGACUCCCUCGAGGGCUUCAUGAUGCUGCAUUCAAUUGCUGGUGGAACUGGAUCAGGUCUUGGUUCGUUCCUCCUUGAGAGGCUCAACGAUCGAUUUCCCAAAAAGAUCAUCCAGACAUACUCAGUCUUCCCAGACACGACAAACUCAGGCGAUGUCGUUGUUCAUCCGUACAACAGUAUCCUUUCUAUGCGGCGAUUGACACAAAACGCUGAUUCGGUUGUCGUUCUGGAUAACGGUGCUCUAUCGCACAUUGCUGCUGACCGGCUGCACGUUCAGGAGCCGUCUUUCCAACAAACCAACCAACUGGUCGCUACCGUGAUGUCGGCCAGCACAACAACUCUACGAUACCCCGGUUACAUGCACAACGAUCUUGUCAGCAUCCUAGCCUCUCUUAUCCCAACACCUAGGUGCCAUUUCCUCAUGACUGCCUACACGCCAUUCACUGGUGAUCAGGUUGAGCAAGCCAAGACGGUUCGCAAGACAACAGUGCUGGACGUGAUGCGACGAUUGCUUCAACCCAAGAACCGCAUGGUGUCUACGGUUCCUGGCAAGAAGAGUUGUUAUAUCUCAAUUCUUAAUGUGAUUCAGGGUGAAGUUGAUCCGACGGAUGUUCAUAAGAGUCUACUGCGUAUUCGAGAACGACGUUUAGCUACCUUUAUUCCUUGGGGACCUGCGAGUAUCCAAGUUGCUUUGACAAAGAGGAGUCCGUAUAUCCCCAUGAGCCAUCGGGUAAGCGGCCUGAUGCUCGCCAAUCACACAAGCAUUGCGACGCUUUUCAAGAGAAUUCUGAGACAGUACGAUGGCAUGCGUAAGCGCAACGCCUUUAUGGAAGGAUACAAGAAGACAGCACCGUUCUCGGAGAAUCUCAACGAGUUUGACGAGGCACGUCAAGUUGUUGCAGACUUGAUUGGCGAGUACGAAGCGGCUGAGGACGCAGAUUACCUCAACCCAGACGCUGGGGAGAAAGCAACAUCUGCGGAGACGGAUCGACGAGUAGGGUAA